AUGCCCUCUGCAGAGAUCACACCACGCGCUCACUCCCUGACCCGGGAUUACAGCUCCACACUGGGGACAGAGGCAGAGGAGGAAGAGGAGGCAGAGGAGGAAGAGGAAGAAGAGGAGCGUUUGUUACUGCUCCGUGGGCAUGAGGAGAGACGCGGGUCUGCGGCUGCUUUUCCUCUGAGACCCUGCAGCUUCAGCUCAGGCUCAGAUCCAUCUGUGGUGAGACCCUGUGCUUCAGCUCAGGCUCAGAUCCAUCUGUGCUCAGGCUCAGAUCCAUCUGUGGUGAGACCCUGUGCUUCAGCUCAGGCUCAGAUCCAUCUGUGGUUAGACCCUGCAGCUUCAGCUCAGGCUCAGAUCCAUCUGUGGCUCAGAUCCAUCUGUGGUGAGACCCUGUGCUUCAGCUCAGGCUCAGAUCCAUCUGUGGUGAGACCCUGUGCUUCAGCUCAGGCUCAGAUCCAUCUGUGCUCAGGCUCAGAUCCAUCUGUGGUGAGACCCUGUGCUUCAGCUCAGGCUCAGAUCCAUCUGUGGUUAGACCCUGCAGCUUCAGCUCAGGCUCAGAUCCAUCUGUGGCUCAGAUCCAUCUGUGGUGAGACCCUGUGCUUCAGCUCAGGCUCAGAUCCAUCUGUGGUGAGACCCUGUGCUUCAGCUCAGGCUCAGAUCCAUCUGUGGCUCAGAUCCAUCUGUGGUGAGACCCUGUGCUUCAGCUCAGGCUCAGAUCCAUCUGUGGUGAGACCCUGUGCUUCAGCUCAGGCUCAGAUCCAUCUGUGGCUCAGAUCCAUCUGUGGUGAGACCCUGUGCUUCAGCUCAGGCUCAGAUCCAUCUGUGGUGAGACCCUGUGCUUCAGCUCAGGCUCAGAUCCAUCUGUGUGCUAACAGAGAGAGCACAGGGGCAGACUGCUGCUCACAGGGACAGAGAGAGCACAGGUGCAGACUGCUGCUCACAGGGACAGAGAGAGCACAGGUGCAGACUGCUGCUCACAGGGACAGAGAGAGCACAGGGGCAGACUGCUGCUCACAGGGACAGAGAGAGCACAGGUGCAGACUGCUGCUCACAGGGACAGAGAGAGCACAGGGGCAGACUGCUGCUCACAGGGACAGAGAGAACACAGGUGCAGACUGCUGCUCACAGGGACAGAGAGAGCACAGGGGCAGACUGCUGCUCACAGGGACAGAGAGAGCACAGGGGCAGACUGCUGCUCACAGGGACAGAGAGAACACAGGGGCAGACUGCAGCUCACAGGGACAGAGAGAGCACAGGUGCAGACUGCUGCUCACAGGGACAGAGAGAGCACAGGGGCAGACUGCUGCUCACAGGGACAGAGAGAGCACAGGGGCAGACUGCUGCUCACAGGGACAGAGAGAGCACAGGUGCAGACUGCUGCUCACAGGGACAGAGAGAGCACAGGGGCAGACUGCUGCUCACAGGGACAGAGAGAGCACAGGUGCAGACUGCUGCUCACAGGGACAGAGAGAGCACAGGUGCAGACUGCUGCUCACAGGGACAGAGAGAGCACAGGGGCAGACUGCUGCUCACAGGGACAGAGAGAGCACAGGGGCAGACUGCUGCUCACAGGGACAGAGAGAGCACAGGUGCAGACUGCUGCUCACAGGGACAGAGAGAGCACAGGGGCAGACUGCUGCUCACAGGGACAGAGAGCACAGGGGCAGACUGCUGCUCACAGGGACAGAGAGAGCACAGGUGCAGACUGCUGCUCACAGGGACAGAGAGAGCACAGGGGCAGACUGCUGCUCACAGGGACAGAGAGAGCACAGGUGCAGACUGCUGCUCACAGGGACAGAGAGAACACAGGGGCAGACUGCUGCUCACAGGGACAGAGAGAGCACAGGUGCAGACUGCUGCUCACAGGGACAGAGAGAGCACAGGGGCAGACUGCUGCUGCUCACAGGGACAGAGAGAGCACAGGUGCAGACUGCUGCUCACAGGGACAGAGAGAGCACAGGUGCAGACUGCUGCUCACAGGGACAGAGAGAGCACAGGGGCAGACUGCUGCUCACAGGGACAGAGAGAGCACAGGUGCAGACUGCUGCUCACAGGGACAGAGAGAGCACAGGGGCAGACUGCUGCUCACAGGGACAGAGAGAGCACAGGGGCAGACUGCUGCUCACAGGGACAGAGAGAGCACAGGUGCAGACUGCUGCUCACAGGGACAGAGAGAGCACAGGUGCAGACUGCUGCUCACAGGGACAGAGAGAGCACAGGGGCAGACUGCUGCUCACAGGGACAGAGAGAGCACAGGUGCAGACUGCUGCUCACAGGGACAGAGAGAGCACAGGUGCAGACUGCUGCUCACAGGGACAGAGAGCACAGGGGCAGACUGCUGCUCACAGGGACAGAGAGAACACAGGGGCAGACUGCUGCUCACAGGGACAGAGAGAGCACAGGUGCAGACUGCUGCUCACAGGGACAGAGAGAGCACAGGUGCAGACUGCUGCUCACAGGGACAGAGAGAGCACAGGGGCAGACUGCUGCUCACAGGGACAGAGAGAGCACAGGGGCAGACUGCUGCUCACAGGGACAGAGAGAACACGGGGGCAGACUGCAGCUCACAGGGACAGAGAGAGCACAGGUGCAGACUGCUGCUCACAGGGACAGAGAGAGCACAGGUGCAGACUGCUGCUCACAGGGACAGAGAGAGCACAGGGGCAGACUGCUGCUCACAGGGACAGAGAGAGCACAGGUGCAGACUGCUGCUCACAGGGACAGAGAGAGCACAGGGGCAGACUGCUGCUCACAGGGACACAGAGAGCACAGGUGCAGACUGCUGCUCACAGGGACAGAGAGAGCACAGGGGCAGACUGCUGCUCACAGGGACAGAGAGAGCACAGGGGCAGACUGCUGCUCACAGGGACAGAGAGAGCACAGGGGCAGACUGCUGCUCACAGGGACAGAGAGAGCACAGUGGAUCACACACACAUGCCCCCGACUCUGGUGCUGGAGGGCAUGGACCCCUGCGCAGCCCCUGCGCCCUCCUCGCUGAUGCUGGAGGGGCCCUCAGUGGGUCCCUCAAUGACGCUGAUGCAGGAGGGGCCCUCUUUGGGGCCCUCGGUGUCUAUCAUGAAGGCGGGACCCUUGGUGGAACCCUCGAUGGGACCCUCAGUGACACUGAUGAAGGCGGGGCCCUCGAUGGGACCCUCAGUGACACUGAUGAAGGCGGGGCCCUCGGUGGGACCCUCAGUGACACUGAUGAAGGCGGGGCCCUCGGUGGGACCCUCAGUGACACUGAUGAAGGCGGGGCCCUCGGUGGGACCCUCAGUGACACUGAUACAGGCGGGGCCCUCGGUGGGACCCUCAGUGACACUGAUGAAGGCGGGGCCCUCGGUGGGACCCUCACUGACACUGAUAAAGGCAGGGCCCUCUUUGGGUCCCCUGGCGGGGCCCCCUUUGGGGCCCUCGGUGUGGAGGCUGUCUGGCCGCAGCAGGAAGGCGGGCUCGGCUAACAUCUUCAGCUCGGUGCAUCUGUGGCAGCUGCAGAGACUGUUCAGAGCCGCAGGAGACCAGGACGCAGAGCAGAGGGCCCAGCUGGUGUGGGGCCAGGGGGACGAGGGGGGCCUCGCACAGGCCCUCAUCGCUCUGAGGUCCAGAGGACACAGGAGGGGCCUGAGGAGCAGAGGCCGAGACGUCCUGCAGGGGGCGCACUGGAUCAGAGCCUUCAACCACCUCAGGAUUGGAGAGAGCUCAGGCCAGACUGGGACUGAGCCAGAGGAGACCAGAGACCCAGAAACCAGUCCACCUGGUCUGUCUGUCCCAUCACCUCCCUCACCUCCCUCCCCCCCAGGAGCCAGAGAGGAGCAGGGCCCGGGGGAGCGUCUGGGCAGGAGCAUGGGGGUCAGGAGAGGAGGGGGCGAAGCCGACAGAUACCUCCACCGCAUCCUCCACUGA